AUGGGCUGGUUUUGGGCAGAGUCUUCACCUUCUGCGCCUGUUGCGCCUGUUGCGCCGCACCGUAUGCCGCGAGGAGGCAACGCUGAACCACCUCCAGAAUGUCCCAUGCACAAGCCCAAGACGGCCACGGCUCCCGUAGUCGCAGAGAAAUCACAAACGGCCUCCUCGAGCGCCUGCCGUUAUGUACCCCCCUCAUCAGCAGACUCGUCUUCACCACCCAAGACCGGUCUCCUCUCACGCCUCAACCCCCUCAACAACAUGUUCAGCGACCUCUCCAAUGACCGCGCAGCCAAACAAACCCUCGACCUCCCGCUCUCCCGCGAAACGAGCACGAUCCCCAAAGGCGACGGCUCACUCUGGGAAUACCCCUCCCCGCAGCAAAUGUACAAUGCCAUGUUGCGCAAAGGAUAUACGGACACGCCCAUUGACGCAGUCGAGUCCAUGGUUGGCGUUCACAAUUUCCUCAACGAGGGCGCCUGGGCGGAGAUCAUGGGCUGGGAGCGGCGCUUCAGCAAAGGGAUAAUAGAGGGCUACAAGAUUUGCAAGCGCGGCGAGGACAUGGCCAAUCUCAUGCUCGGCACCGCAGACGAUCCCUUUGACACGACGACGUGGGACGAUGCCAAGAUUCCGCCUCCCAAGCUCCUCCGCUUCACCGGUCGACCGACGGAGAUGACGCCCAAGGCUACCAUACUGCAGUGGCUGGGCGAAGUCAUGCCGGGCAAGUUUGGCACCGCGCCCCCGUUCGACAGGCACGAUUGGUUUGUGGAGCGGUGCAACGAGAAUGGGUGUCAGGAGGUGCGCUACGUGAUUGAUUACUACGAGGGUGCGCCGGAGCCGACGGGCGAGCCGGUCUUCUAUCUGGAUGUCAGGCCUGCGGUAGAUGGGCCGCGGAGUGCAGCAGAAAGGACGAUUCGCUGGGGUACGGAUGUUUGGUGGAGAGGCACCGGUGGCGUAGCGCGAGAACUCAAGAAAUUGGAAGCAGCGAAAAAGGCAAAGGAGGAGGAGAUGGCUGCGAAGAGUAGGUCGUAUAAUUGA